UAAACCCCCUCUGCAUCUUCUCUCUUCUUGUAAAUUAUCUGUCUUUUCUUUUUCCGUUUGCUCUCGAGAGUGUGAGAGAAAGAAACACUAAGUUCCUUGUGGCUUCUUGCAGAUGUCUGAAAACAUGGAGCAUUCUCCGGAGCUGUCACCAUCUCCUCUAAUUCCGUCACUUCCAGACGAUGUCACCGUGGAUAUCGUGGCUCGUGUGCCUAGAAGCCACUACCCGAUACUCUCUCUCGUUUCCAAGAGUUUCAGGAAACUCAUUGCCUCUCCUAAGCUCCACAAGAGGCGAUCUCAGCUAGGCAUCACCCAACACCGUGUCUAUGCUGUCCUCCACAACCCCAAAACGGGUGACUGCCGUUUCUACAUCCUCCACCGCAAAGUCAGCUCGAGAAACCGCUUGGUCAUCGUCCCAUCACUUCCUCCCAUGUCUCUCCGCGGAUGCUUUGUCCCGGUGGGUUCCAAGGUGUAUGUGUUCAACGAUGUUGAUGCCCUCAGCAUUGACUGUACAUCCCACACAUUGCAGCCCAUCCCUGACAUGCCUCUCCGCAUGUCUGCGUCUCCCAUGUCUAGCAAAGUGGCUAAUGUCAUCGACGGGAAGGUUUACCUGAUUGGUGAUUGCGCACUGGUUACGAGCCAUGGGAUGUCGUGGAGUAAAACAGUGAUGGUGCUUGAUACAGAAACGCAGUCGUGGGAGCCGCCGGUGAUGAUAGAACAAUACUUGCGGGUUGGUGCUCUUUGGUCUGAUGCUGUGGUGAUGGAGGAUAAGAUUUUCAUGAAAGGUUUUAGGAAUGACUAUUCCAUUGUUUAUGGACCAAAGGAGAACACGUGGGAGUCGAUGGGCGAGGUGUUGAACUCUAAAAACUGGGUGAGUGCGUGUAUGGUCGAUGAUGUUCUUUACUAUCACGAUUGUUCAGAGAAGGCGUUAAGGGCGUAUGAUCAGAAGCAGAGCCGCUGGAGUGUUGUCAACGGUUUGGAAGAGUUUUUGGCGUCAAAGUGUGCCCUGUCAAAGCGGCCCAAUGUGGUGAAGUGUGGUGAGAAGAAGCUGGCUCUCUUCUUUCCUAAGAAACAUGACGGCAAGGAGGUCUUUUUCUGUGCAGAGAUUGCUUUGGAAAGGCGCCAAGGUGGAGAGAUUUGGGGUAACGUGGAGUCGUGUGAUGUUGUCAUAGAGGACGGGCUGUUUGACAUGGUCCAAUGUGUUGCUGUCACGGUUUGAUGCAAGCAUAAACUCUAAUUAGAUCCUUUGUGUUUUCAUUAUCCUUUUUUUUCUUUUUUUUUUUUUGAACAACCAUUAUCCUUUGUUUUCAUUAGAUCCUUUGUGUUUUCAUUAUCCU